AGUCUGCGGGCAGCGCUGCGCCGGCGAUCGGCUUAUUCCGCUGAUCCGCAUCGCUGUGCCCAUGGGGCAGCAGCUCCGGUCCCCCCCGUCACCGCCGAGAAGCGCGGUAGCGCGGUGAGUAAGAGCGGAGCAGGGAGGGGGCGGCGCCGGUACUGGAGCGCUGCCGGGGGUGGGGAGCGCGGGUCCCGCCGAGUCCGGGAGCUCGGAGGGAGCCCCAGAGCCGCGCAGGCUGGGAUGGAGGAGGAGGAGGAGGAGGAGGAGAGCUGCUCCGGCAGUGGGGCCGUCUCCGCCUGCCCGUGCGCGGUGCAUCGGGAGGUCGUGGUGACAGCUGGUGCCUUCCUCACAGACCUGGACGACUUCCCCACAGCCGGCAUGGGCAGCCCACAGCUCCCUGUCUCAGCACCAGGGCGAUGAGGAGCCAUCUGCUGGCCUAGCAGGAGGAUUUUUGUGCUUUUCUUACAAUUUUUUAUUACCUGAACCCUGUGAGAUUUCAUGUGAAAACGCUUCCUGCAGCCUCACAGCUGUGAGCCCCGUGGGCUGGAAGCGGUGGACCUCCCUCUGUGGCCAGGCCAGCAGGAGAAUCGUACCCCGGGCUGCCCCGCAGGCGUGGGGCCCGGCCCCACAGCAUUCCCAGCCAGCGUGGCUCAGGCUUCUCCCCUCAGCUCUCCCACCAGCGGAUCGGAGGCCUGCGGUCCACACGCCGCCAUGGCGGCCAAGCAGCCCCCGCCGCUGAUGAAGAAGCACAGCCAGACCGACCUGGUGAGCAGGUUGAAGACACGCAAGAUCCUGGGGGUCGGUGGCGAGGAUGAUGAUGGCGAGGUCCAUCGCUCCAAGAUUAGCCAAGUCCUGGGAAAUGAAAUCAAGUUUGCUGUCCGGGAACCCUUGGGGCUCAGGGUCUGGCAGCUGGUUUCCGCCGUCAUGUUUUCCGGGGUGGCCAUCAUGGCCCUGGCUUUUCCUGAUCAGCUCUACGAUGCCAUCUUCAAUGAGGAGUCAGUGAGCAGCAAGACCCCCAUCCGGCUCUAUGGAGGAGCCCUCCUCAGCAUCUCACUCAUCAUGUGGAACGCUCUAUACACGGCUGAGAAAGUCAUCAUCCGCUGGACCCUGCUGACAGAGGCAUGCUACUUUGCCGUGCAGUUCCUAGUUACCACGGUCUCCCUGGUCGAGAGCAGCCGAAUGGCCACGGGUGCUGUGCUCCUCCUGGUCAGCCGAGUCUUCUUUGUUCUCAUCAGCAUUUAUUAUUAUUACCAAGUUGGACGCCGUCCCAAGAAAGUCUAAUUCCUGGGCUUUUUGUCAUGGGAAGGGUGGGAGGGGGGGGUUUGUGUCGGUAAUUUUGCAUUAUAACUUUUCUUUUGUUAGUCCCUUUUUGUUAUAAAGUGAUUUACUUCUUUUCCACUUACCGGCAUGAAUCAGUGUGUAACCCGGUGCUGGUGGCAUUGCCAGGUGAUGUGUGGGGAGAGCAGCGUCCUGUGGGCCCCCCAGCAGCCCCUCUGCAGGAGGCAGGUGAAAAGCAUGAGGUGGGCUCAGGGAGGCCUAGGGGGCUCAGGGAAAGGAGCCGAGUUCCUGGAGAACUGGCCGAUGGGACUGUAGGCUCUGAAACCCUUAAACAAAGCACAAAACAAGAAACCAAAUCCCUGUCCAGUGAAGGACUCGUCUGCUCCCCUCGGUGAGUCCCACGUGUGCCUCUUGGCAUGCAUCCUCGUGUGCCUGGCCCAUGUCCUUGUUAGCACGUGCUGACAGCUUGCCUGGCUGGGAGCUGGUUGGGGGUCAGUGCUGUUGAGUUUGCAGACAGCUGUUCUUUCCUCGCUGCUGGAGAUGCCAGCCCUGGUUUUAUUUUUGCACUGGGUGCUUGCAAAGCUUGGCAGGAGACGCAGCAAAAGAAACUCUUUGCUUGUUCUCUGUGUAGGGAUAGCACUGGGAACAGCGGCACGGCUUGAACUAUACUGGGUGAGAAAUAAAGUGAAGCUACUGGAAAAAGCCUGUUGAGCACAGACAUCCCUUUGCGUGGGAUGUUUCAUGACGUUCCUAGGCCAGCAUCCUGUCUCCUUCAUCCCAGAACGCUUCCUACAGCUGCAGCUUCACAGUAGCUUUGGUAGUGGUGGCUGUGAGGUAGAGGGGAUGAGGCUUUAGUUAAGUGAGGACUGGAGUCUGCUGUAAGAGCAGUGAGCUUGUCGGACCAAAGCUUGUCCCACUGAGGUGCUUUAGGAUACCCUUUAACUGCUACAAAGAACAGCACGGAUGGAAGGGCAUAUGAAGGCGUUAUUGUCAAUUAGGGAAGGACUGAAUGUGCUAUAGUGUUUGCUGGCCAGUUUCUCUUACAUCAUCUCCUGGGCUUAACAGCAUUGGCUGCCCAACUUCUUAGUGCUUUCCUUGUAGAUUAUUCCCUGUCCACAACUGGAGGCCGCACUGUUGUUCUCUGGGGGACUGAAGCCAGAAGGGCUGCACACAGGAUAUGAACUUACGGGCUACUGCUGGCAGGAUCACAGCGAGCCCUGGAACUGAGCUGACAUCCCAAAGUCCCAGUAGAAGGAUGCCUACACAAACAGUGCUUGUGUGACCAGCAGACCUCAGAUCAUUGGUGAGACAGGGAACUACAGCUGUUUGCUGUCUGGUACCUUCGUAGAGUUAGAAGAAGCUAGUGGGUAGUUACUGUAUGGUGUGUUUGUGUUGUUGGCGUUUAGAAGCAGCUGCCUCAGUGUUGGAAUACUGGAUGUGUUGCACCUGUUGGCCAUGCAAAGUGUCAGGUAAGAGCACUGGGAGUAGCUGAACCAGGAAACAUUGCAACUGUAACUUUGCUCUACAGAUUAAUCCAAGGCAGAGGCAACAUCCAGCAGCAGGCUGAAUGCUGGAGCUUCCCACCCUGCCAAGCUGCUUUCUGCAUGUCCAAAACAGGACAGCGAGCAAUUAAAAUUUCUAUUUAAGAGCAGCCUUCCUGUUCAGGUGGAAGAGUUAGGCUCUGGGAGGGAAACCAUCUCCCUGUGAGGCAGGAAAUAAUGACAUGCAGCCCCGAGGGCAGCGCAGAGCUGGUGGGAGAGCUGGAAGGUGGCAGCCACAGCUGCUGCUCCCACCCUGUGCACCGGUCGCGUGGGCAGCACAGUGCACACAGCCCAGUGCUGCAGCUGCAGUUGUUGGUAUAGGUAAGUGAAGCGUGAGUCUUUGUGUUUUGGGGUCACAUGAAUGUAUACACAGACUGAUCGUUGGGUUUAGGGGGUGGGAAAUAGCAGUUCUAGGAAAGACAAGUAAAACUGACCAAACCAAGAGCAAUCUUGUAGAGGAGGAAAUGGCCUUCUUCAUGCUGUCCUCUCCCCUUCACUUUGGCAGCAGACCGAGGAUCUUAGUCGCGUAGUGACUUUGGGGCUGUGGCUGGCUGCCUGAUCAGGGUACCUGGAAAUGCCAACUAGCAGGUGAGAGAAAGGAGUCAGUGCGCUAUGUAUGCGAGAACAGCUUUCUUAGGACUUCUUGAUGGUUAAAGUAGAUAGGGGCAUGGUCAAAGCUUUCCAAUAGAGCUUUACAUCAGGUGAGGUCAGAUUCCUCUUUAGUUCCCUGUUGUCUCUGCAAGACUUAGAGCAGAGAGCCACUUCUGGUAUUGCCAUUUCAUGUCUAUCUUCAGUGCAGCCAGAAAUCAACUGUGGUUGUUUGUCUUCGGUGAUACGACUGGGGGGGAAAAAGGGAAGGGAGCGCUAAAGCUUUUGUAUUGUGUCCCUAAGGAUAGCAGCGCUGGGAUCAUGACUGCGGGUAGCAGCUGAGUACAUAAUUUGGGAUCAAAAGCCUGAGGCGUUGCUUCAGGCUCUGAUAUGCUGAGAGAAGAUCUCCAUUGGCCUCAGUUUCCUUAUCUGUUGAAGUGUGAGAAAAGCUUUGGACUGAAGUCACCUCCCCAGGGACAGCUUGCAAUUCACCUGCUUGCAUGUGUGUAGCUCCAGGCAGGGCUGCAGGCCACACUCCCCAAGGGCUGUGCUCUGAGCAGGCACAGGCAGGACUGACACUGUUCCAUGGGGGAGACCCAAACCCUUGCAUUCCUCGAGCCCUCGCUUUUGAGGGUGAAGAAAGCUUACAUUUACGGAACUCUCUGCAUCGCCUUAUUUACGCCUAACCACCAUCUGGCAAACUGGAGCUGGUGACAAAAGAGAGGCUGUCUGUCUGUCUGUCCUAAGUUGGCCAAUUCUUUCUGGUCAAGGGUUUUUACUUGGGGGGAAGGGGAGAAUGGGACACUUGAGUUUAUACCUCAUUUUGGCUGCUGUAACUGACUUUAUUCUUUUUCCUUUGGUAAGAAAGUGACUGUACUUAACACCAAGCAAGUAGUGAAAAUUAAAGCUGUUUCACUUCACUGUCACAAUAUCUUUCUUUUAUUUUUUACUUUUUUUUUUUUUUUUUUUUAAGAAACGCACACAAAAACCGUGCAGAAUGCUUCAGCCUUGUGUUCUGGUUUAUAUUACCCCCAAAAAUUCCUUUCAAUAUAAAAAAGCAUUACAGUAGGGAAUACAGGAUAAAUUAGCUCCACUAUCUAAUAAAAAGAACAUUUACAGGUUUGUUUUUUUUUAAAAUAGAUUUCCAACAUCAUUAUUUCACACGCAGCCCUUUUCCCAGGCAUUUGCGACAGUCGUUUGAGCAUUAAAUAACAGCUGGGGGCAGGGAUGGGGGGCUGCUCUCCACCGUUCCCCCCAAGGUGCGUGGGCUGUGCUCACCGCACUGCAGCCAGGCAGCCACAGCCCCCUCUGCUCUGCAGCCCGAGCCCCUGACCCCCCCCCAGAUUCACCAGAGCUGCUAAAAACAAAUACAAAAAUACAGCUGCUUCUCCUGCCUACUGCUCUGAAAAGAGAAAAACUACUGUACAACAGAGGGGGUGGCCACAUUACCAUUAGACAAAAACAACAAAUCCACAUGCUUUGCCAUACAACAGGAGUAUGCCUUCUGUGCUCGCUUGUUCAUUAACUGCCCCUGGGAUCAAUUCCUUGUGCCUGUUGCCUACUUCUACAGGCACUCUCAGGCUUGCCCUCAUCUCUACAACGAUUCCCAUUUCUCAUUCAAAUGUGCUGCCUGGCCUUUGCGGUGGUGUCAAGUUGUGCUCCCAGUGGCACAGCUGAGGAGAGUUGAAGUCUUAAUCCAGAAGAGAGCGGUGGGGGAUCUGAGAAGGUAGGAGAGGGGAAACAACUGCACAAAGACCAGAUUAGAAGAAUAAAGAGAUCUUUUGAAGGUGUAGGGACAAGUGAUAGGGAGAGAGGGAAUGUGAGCUAAAACCAAAGAAAACAGUAUAGAACUGGGAAAGCCAAAAGGGAAAUAAGCCUGCAGCGAUCCUACCUCAGCCUUCUGAAGUAUUUCUGCCUCUUGCUCACCUCUAUCCAAACUGCCAUCUCUGCUCACGGGGUCGUUCCUCCCCUGUGAGUGGCUCUUUCAGAACAGCCACUGACACCAGCUCCUGAAGCACAGGUACAACAGCUACGCUUCCUUCUCUCUGUUUGAGUUUGGCUCCGGUGCGGUGUCCCAUUCCCUGCAAGACCAGCGGAUGCAACAGACUUUUCCUAUCUUAAGAGCAGCAGCUGCUGUUUGGUGAAAAUACUGCUGGUUUUGGCUAGCAAAACUGUUUUCCUUCAUUAAACGACAGGCCAGAAUUUAAUGCUAAAAUGCACCAUUAAAUACAGGUCCAGAGGGGAAAGCAUUCAGAAAUGCUUUCCAUGAAGUUUAAUGUAACGUCUGAGGCCACUCAGCAAUCCUGGCCUCACACUCUGCUGCUGGAAUAUGCUGAUGCAGUGCAGGUGGGCUGCUGCUCUACCUGCCCCAGCCCUCUCCUGCUUUUCUUAAAUGAAGCCUGGAAAAACUGUAUGGCCUUCUUUCCCAUUGCUUCGUAUCCCAAUUCUCCAGCCAGGAUAUUUAACCAGGGUCUUUGUUUAUUAUGGACCACUCUUUCUUCUGCUUUCCUUCCUGCCUUGCAGCCUGUGCAUCCAUUCACUUGCAUCUGCAUGGUGGACACAGACCCCAUGGUGUAAGGAAUGGCUAAAGCAUACCUGCUGCCAAGCCAGGGCAGGAGGCUGCUGCUUGGCUCCUCACUGCUGCCUUCUUCCCCCUUUACUUCCUUGGCAGUGGCUACAGCUUUUGGAUGAGCUGGUUUAACCCUAUAUAAAAGUGCACCUUAAUCUAAGACUGAAGAAAGA